AUGUGGAGAGGAAACAGUAAUAAUAACAAUGGUUUUAAUAGAUCAUCAUCUUUUGGUGGUGGUGGUAGAGGCAGAGGAGGAGGAGGAAGAGGUGGCGGCGGUAGAGGAGGUGGAGGAGGUAGAGGAAGAGGUGGAGGUAGAGGUAGAGGAAGAGGAGGAUUCAACAAUAAUAGACAACAAGAAGAAGAGGAUGAUACUCAAUACUUGGAUGAAAGAACGAGAAAAAGAGCAUUGACCUAUCAAAACUUUGGUGAUGACCAAGAUGACAUUCCUCAAUACGACGAUGAUAGUGACCAAGAACAAGAAAGAGAAAAGAAGAGAUACGCAAGAACUUUUAAAAAUCAACAAGAUGAUGAAGAGGAUGAAGAUGACUCUCCCGAAGAACUAGAAUAUAGCGAUGAUUCAAAUGAUGAUAAUGAUAGUGACCAAGAAGAAGAAGAUGACGAAGAAGAAAUGAUUAAAAGAGAAUUGGGAAGUGUAUCAUUUUCAACUUUAUUGGCAAUGGACAAGAAGAAAUCCGAUGAAAUAGCACUGGGUAAAUCACAAAAGACACUUGGAGAAACGAUAGAAGAUAGAAAUCAAAAUGGUUAUGGAAAACCAAAGGAAUUUUUUAAAUCAAAUAAUAUUAAUAAGGAUGCUCCAGCAGAAGUAACUGCAACGAGACCAGUAUCAAGAUAUAGAGUAGUUGUAAAAGAUAAUAAACCAAAAGCAAGAGAUCCAAGAUUUUCAAACAAUGGAGGAGAGUUUAGUGAAAAGUUCUAUCGACAAAACUAUGGGUUCUUGGACGAUGUCAUGAAGACAAACAUUACAAAGAUGAGAGAAAAAUUAAACAAGACGACCGACGAACACGAAGCAGAAAUAUUACAAAAGGAAAUUCAAUCCACCCAAUCAAAAUUACAUUCGCAACACAUCAAGGACAAACAGAGAGAACUAAAGGACCAAUGGGCCGAAAAGGAAAUAGAAUUGGUCAAGAAGGGCAAGAAACCAUACUACCAAUCUCAGAAGGGUAUGAAGGAUAUUGCACUCAAAGAGAAAUACAAAGAACUCAAAGAAACUGGAAAAUUGGACAAGUUUAUGGAAAAGAGAAGAAAAAAGGUUACUUCAAAGGAUCAAGUCAGAAUUCCAAACAGAAGAGAUUAUUCUACCAAUUCAUAA